AUGAAAUAUUUCCUUGCAUUAUUGUUCGUAUUAAAAAAUGUUCUUGCUGAUCCGACACCUAUAGUAUUAUGGCAUGGAAUGGGUGACACCUGCUGUAUGUCAUUUAGCCUUGGUGGAUUUAAAACUUUCCUAGAAGGGCAAAUACCAGGAGUUUAUGUUUUGUCUUUAAGGAUUGGAAAUUCUACUGUUGAAGACUAUGAAAAUGGUUACUUCAUGCACCCAAACCAACAAGUUGAAUAUGUUUGUGAUAAACUCUCAAAGGAGCCAAAGCUACAAAAUGGUUUCAAUGUUAUAGGAUUCUCACAAGGAAGUCAAUUCUUACGAGCCGUUGUACAGAGAUGUGGUCAUAAUCUUGCCCCUAUAAAGAACUUGAUAACUUUGGGAGGUCAACACCAAGGUGUUUAUGGAAUACCUCAUUGUUUUGCAUUACAGCACGAAACAUGUGAUUAUAUAAGAAAACUUCUUAACUUCGCCGCAUAUUAUAGUUGGGUUCAAGAAUCUCUAGUCCAAGCUACAUACUGGCACGAUCCUUUGGAUAAUGACAAAUAUAUUAAAAACAGUCAGUUCUUAGCCGAUAUUAACAACGAGCUGACAAUAAAUAAGACGUACAUAGACAAUUUGAAUAAGUUAGAACAUUUUGUUAUGGUUAAGUUCAAUAAUGAUAGCAUCGUACAGCCAAGAGAGACGGAGUGGUUCGGCUUCUACGAGGUCGGGCAGGCGAAGAAGUUGGUCACGUUACAGGAGACGGAUUUAUAUAAACAGGAUCGCUUGGGUUUAAAGAAGAUGGAUGAAGCAGGUAAAUUAGUUUUCCUCUCGCAGCCGGGCGAUCACUUGAAGUUCUCACAAGAAUGGUUCAUAGAUAACAUUCUCAAACCUUAUCUAGUUUGA